AAAAAUGGCUGCUUUCAAUAGAUUUCUAGUUGGCAUUGUCAUAGUAUUCUUGGCUUAUUCUCCCUCUUCCUCUGCAUUACACUUUCUGUUGAUUCAUGGUAGCGGUCAUGGGGCAUGGUGUUGGUAUAAGUUGGCGACUUUGCUGGAGCAAAAGGGCCACAAUGUCACGGCUUUGGAUUUAGCCUAUUCUGGGAGAAAUCAAGUGCCACUCGAAAGAGUGCACACCUUUGAUGAAUACCAUAAACCUCUAUCCGAAUACAUGAAGUCUUUAUCUCCUGAGGAUAAGGUAGUCCUCGUUGGCCACAGCUAUGGUGGUUAUGGUGUUUCCUGGGUCAUGGAAAGGUUUCCAGAAAAGGUUCUUGGUGGCGUUUUUGCUUCAGCCUUCAUGGUGGGGCCUAACUUUACACUAGAGGACACUAACAAGCUGCUUCCACGGCCAGAUCAACUAGAUGACAGUUUCGUUAUUGGAGAUCCUAUAAGAAUUGUGCUCAUUGGGCCCCACUUUGCAGCAACCCUGCUCUACCAGAAUUCUCCGCCAGAGGUAACUAAGUCAAUAUUCAACCAUACAUGAUGGAACUAAUAUGGCAAUCUUUGACGU